AUGACUUCGAUCCCCGCGGCCAACUGGAGCGGCGGUGCCGAGAUCGGCAGCUGGAACGAGAGCCUGUCCCGCUCACUCGGGAACGUGUCGUCGCCCUCGUUUCCCCUGGCGCCCGCCGCCAACUUUUCCAACCAGUUCCUGCAGCCGUCGUGGUGCAUCGCGCUCUGGUCCUUGGCGUACGGCGCGGUGGUGGCCGUGGCCGUCUUCGGCAACCUCGUGGUGAUCUGGAUCAUCCUCGCCCACAAGCGCAUGAGGACGGUCACCAACUACUUCCUGGUCAACUUGGCUUUCUCCGACGCCUCCGUGGCCGCCUUCAACACGCUGGUCAAUUUCAUCUACGCCCUCCACGGCGACUGGUACUUCGGCGAGGCCUACUGCCGCUUCCAGAACUUCUUUCCCAUCACCGCCGUCUUCGCCAGCAUCUACUCCAUGACCGUCAUCGCUGUGGACAGAUAUAUGGCCAUUAUUGACCCCCUGAAGCCCAGACUGUCUGCCACUGCUACCAAAGUGGUAAUUGCCAGCAUAUGGAUUCUGGCGUUCCUGCUUGCCUUGCCACAGUGUCUCUUUUCCAAGACUAAUGUGAUGCCUGCAAGGACUCUGUGCUAUGUUUCAUGGCCAGGCGGUAUGAAACAGCAUUUUACGUACCACAUCAUUGUGAUUGCCCUCGUCUAUUGUUUUCCACUGCUUGUCAUGGGUAUCACUUAUACAAUAGUUGGAAUUACCCUUUGGGGUGGAGAGAUCCCUGGUGAUACAUCUGACAAAUAUCAUGAGCAGCUGAAAGCAAAGAGGAAGGUGGUGAAAAUGAUGAUUGUUGUCGUCAUGACAUUUGCAGUCUGCUGGUUGCCGUACCACAUUUAUUUUAUAGCAACUGGUAUCUAUGAGAACUUGGGCCGGUGGAAAUACAUUCAGCAAAUCUACCUAGCCACCUUUUGGCUUGCCAUGAGUUCUACCAUGUACAACCCCAUUAUCUACUGCUGUCUCAAUAAAAGGUUCAGAGCUGGUUUCAAGAGAGCUUUCCAAUGGUGUCCUUUCAUUGAAAUAUCUAGUUAUGAUGAACUGGAACUCAAGACGACCAGGUUCCAUCCUACUAGGCAAAGUAGUUUAUACACAGUUUCCAGAAUGGAAUCCAGCAUGUCAGUAGUGUUUGACCCCAGCGAUGGAGAAACCACUAAGUCUAGCCGCAAGAAAAGAGCUCCUUCACAGGAAGCCAGCUUCAAUGGUUGCUCACGCAGGAGUUCCAAAGCCACUUCAACAGUGUCAAGUUACAUCAACUCCCCAUAUACAUCAGUGGACGAGUACUCAUAA